GGGAACUAACAGGCCUCUCUGGGCGGGGCCAAAGUUAGGAGGGGGCGUGGUCGCCGCCACGUCCCGCUUCAUCCCCAGGGCGGAGCCGCCGGAUCGGUGAGGCGCGGUGGUCUCCAGCCAUGUCCGAGGUGAAGAGCCGCAAGAAGUCGGGGUCCAAGGGGGCCCCCGCCGCGGACGCGGGGGGCAAGCGCAGCGAGGGCGGGAAGAGCGCUGAGAUGCGGGGCGGCGGAGGCGGGAGCUGGACAGACCCCCGGACGGGCCUGAGCCUGCUGUCGCUCGGGAUGUGCCUGGGCCUGGCCUGGUUUGUAUUCCAGCAGUCAGAAAAAUUUGCAAGGGUAGAAAACCAGUACCAGUUACUGAAAAUAGAAACCAACACAUUCCAAGGGCUUCAAAAUAAAAUCAGCUUAAUUGCAGAAAAGCUUGAGUCCACUGAAAGUAUCCUGCAGGAAGCUACAUCAUCCAUGUCUUUGGUGACCCAGUUUGAGCAGGAAAUGUCAAGCCUUCAAAGUAGCAUGCAUAAAGUUCAAAGUAGUGAAGAGAUGCUCACUCAAAAGAUGCAAAGCCUUACUGAGAAAUUCCAGAAUGUUACUGACUUCUGGAAGAGAAGCCUAGAAGAAAUGAGUGUUAAUACAGAUACUUUCAAAUCAGAAUCAAAACAUAUACAUUCUCAAGUUACUGAGCAACUUAACAGAGCUGAACAAGGAAUCAAGUUGCUCACUGACCAGCUAAAAGACUUGGAAGAUAGUACACUCAGAAACAUCAGAACAGUAAAAAACCAAGAGGAAGAGGAUCUUCUGCGCAUCGAGGAACAGUUGGGCUCCAACGCAGAAGCAGUGGAGAAAUUGGAAAAGGAACAAGAUACUCUUUUUGCCAGUAAUGAAGACCUGACUAAGAAGCUUUCAAACUAUGAACCCAAGGUUGAAGAGUGCAAGGCACAUCUGCCGGAGAUUGAAAGUGCCAUUCACUCUGUUGUCAGAGUCUCACAGGAUCUGAUAGGGACAGAAAAGAAAAUAGAAGACUUGACUCAUAAGAUGUUUAAUAUGGAGGAUGAUAUGCUAAAAGUGGUAGCUGAAAUCAUGGAAAUGCAGAAAGCCCUGGAAGGAAUUCAGUAUGAUAAUAGUAUAUUAAAGAUGCAAAAUGAAUUGGAUGUCCUAAAAGGAAAAGUUAAUGAUUUUAUAGUAUAUUCAAGUAUAAGAGAAAAGGGAACUUUAGGAGAAUAUAAUAUAGAAAAAAAAGAAAUUGACAAUGAUUUUUAAAUUCACUACAAUUAUCCUGAUGGCCACAUUGAGUAUAUGUAAAUUGACUUAUUCAAUGAAUAAUGUUUUGGUGGGUUUUGAGCCAUACUCAGAAGUGCUCAGGGCUUAUUCAUGAUUCUAUGCUUAGGAAUCACCCUGUGCAGUGUUCUAGGGACCAUAUUCAUGUUGGUGAUUAAACUGCUUUGGCCACGUGAAAGGAAAUAACCUUAACCCUUGGUUUAUUUUUUUACAUGCCUUACAUUAUUAGAAAAUUAAGUGACAUCUCUACACAGAUUAGUCAGAUCAUCGAAAUUUUGGGGGGUUUGGGUUUUUGUAUAUGUGUGAUGCUAGUGUUGGAACCAAAGGCUUCCAUGCCAGACUACAACCCAGCCCUCAAAAUUUAUGGUUUUAUAUACUAAAACUUUUUUCACUUUUACUAUUUUAAAUAGAAAUAUCUC